GCGCCGCGGGCCAGGUGAAUUCUGCAUCCCGCUCAUCACUUCAUUCGCGGCGCCUGGGGAGCACUGCCCGGCCCCGCACGGCCCCGCCUCGCCUCGUGCCACUGAGGGUUUGAUAAAUGGCUUGUGCGCCCGGUGCCCACACCUCGCUCACGUCCUCAGUCCGCAACAGUGGGACCUCCGCCCAUGGAGGUGAACACAUACCUGGAGCUCUACCUGGACCGAUGCGCUGCCCAGGAUGACCUUGCCCUACCAGUGUCUCCCCUGUUCAGCCCAGUUGUACCUUAUGAGGGGUACUUACCUAAUCCAUCCAAUUCAGAGAUUGCACUUAGUUCACAACUUGAAGUCAGAGAAACGUCCGGUGAUUUCUCAUCUGUGGAUCUUAGCUUCCUGCCAGAUGAACUUACCCAAGAAAAUAAAGACCAGACUAUCAUUAAAAGCAAGUGUGAAACUGAAGAAAAUUGUAAAACUCGACAAAAUAGCUUGCCAUUACCCAGCGAACAGCUGAGCGUAAAAAGCAGCAGUUUAUCAAAUUCCCAUUCACAUCUGCACCCUGGUAGUGCUGAUUCAAUCUGGCUCUCUUCUGAGAAAACAAACUCUGACACCUUGCCUCUGUCAUCCAUAACUCCCAUGACUCCAGUGACCCCUCUUUCAGAAUGUUCUGGAAUUGUGCCUCAAAUACAGAACAUAGUUUCCACUGUAAACCUGGCCUGUAGACUGGAUCUGAAGAAAAUAGCUUUGCAAGCCAAAAAUGCAGAAUACAACCCAAAGAGGUUUGCCGCAGUCAUAAUGAGGAUCCGAGAGCCCAGGACAACAGCCCUCAUAUUUAGCUCUGGGAAAAUGGUUUGCACAGGAGCCAAAAGUGAAGAGCAAUCUCGACUAGCAGCAAGAAAGUAUGCUCGUGUGGUACAGAAGCUUGGGUUCCCUGCCAGAUUUCUCGAUUUUAAAAUUCAGAACAUGGUUGGAAGCUGCGACGUGAGAUUUUCCAUCAGGCUGGAGGGUUUGGUGUUAACCCAUCAGCAGUUCAGUAGUUAUGAACCUGAACUGUUUCCUGGCCUUAUUUAUAGAAUGGUAAAACCACGAAUUGUGUUGCUUAUCUUUGUAUCUGGGAAAGUUGUGUUGACAGUUGGACACAAUACCUUUAUUUUUAUGUGGUGCUGAGGAUUGAACCCAGUGCUUCACACAUGCUAGGUGCCAAAGAACGUUCUGAGAUCUAUGAAGCAUUUGAAAACAUCUAUCCUAUUCUAAAAGGUUUUAAAAAAGCCUGAGCCUGUUAUUCAACAUUAUAUUAAUUGAAAUAUGUACAUAAGUCCAGCAUAGCAACAGCUGAAUUCUUGCAACUUUAAUUGUAGAUGUUCAAGUUUAUUUUGGCUUUUCAUAGGGUGGUUGAUUCUAUGUGAGUAACCAUGCUUAAGAAAUGAAGAAAAUUUCUUGCACAAAAUGACUCUUGCAUCUUAUUUUAAAAAUUGAAUAAGAAAACUGUUCUUAGAAUUUAAGAUUUAUGGCCUUAUUAGAAUAUUUUAGCAUCAUUAAUAUUCAAUUUUCUGCUUUUGUUAAAUAUGUAAUACAGUAGCAUGUGGUCUCUGAAUAUGUAGCAAUGUAUAAAAUUGCAAAUAACUGCAUAAACUAAUACCUGUAAUAUCAUUUAGCAGCAUAGAUUUUUUUUUUUAAAUAUUAAGAUUAUCCUGACCAUUAGAUAAAGGUACUAUAAAGGAUCCUGUGGGAAUGCAAGUGAAACAUGAAAAGUCUGAGGGCCAGGAUUGGAGCUCAGUGGCAGAGCACUUGCCUAACAUGUGUGAGGCACUGGAUUCAAGUCUCAUGACCACAUAUAAAUAAAAAUAAAGGUCUAUCAACUAAAAAAUUAAAAAAAUGAAAAAUCUGAAACCUGAAUCU